AUGCUGCCUAACUUGUGUUCGUAUCUGUUUUGUGCAUUUUUAUUCCUCUGUAACGCCUCACCGAUUUCCCACGAUGUUGUUGAUGUUGUCUCCGAAGACAAGAGGUCGCAACGGGUAAAGCGUUUUGGUGGCUUCGGACGUGGAUUCGGCGGUUUCGGCGGCGGCUAUCCUGGCUAUGGUGGAUUUGGCGGCGGCUAUCCAGGAUAUGGCGGCGGUUUUGGUGGGCGGCUAUCCAGGCUUCGGCGGUUUGGAUUUCCUGUAUUUGGUAGCAGCUACGGCAGCAGUUUCGGGCUCAGCUCAAGCUUCAGCCUAGGCGCCUAUAACAACGGGUAUUUCGGUGGCUUUGGCAAAUAA